CCCGGUCUAAAACUGUAAAAAAAAAAGACUGAAUUUUGGUGGGGCAUGGUGUGGCUCAUGCCUGUAAUCCUAGUACUCUGGGAGGCCAAGGUGGGUGGACUGCUUCAGCUCACAAGUUCAAGACCAGCCUGAGCAAAAGCGAGACCUCCUCUCUACUAAAAUUAGAAAAACUGAGGCAAGAAGAUCGCUUGAGCCCAAGAGUUGCAGGUUGCUAAGCUUUGACACCACAGCAUUCUACCCAGGGCAAAAAAAGCCUGAGACUCUGUCUCAAAAAAGGAAAAAAAGACUGCUGUGAAUAUGCCAGACACGUGGCUCAUGCCUGUAAUCCUAGCACUUUGGGAGGCAAAGGUGGGCAGAUCACCUGUUCGAGCUCACAAGUUUGAGACCAGCCUGAACUAGAGCGAGACCCCAUCUCUAAUAAUAGACAGGAGUUGUGGCGGGUGCCUGUAGUCUCAGCUACUCGGGAGGCUGAGGAAAGAGAAUUGCAUGAGCUUUAGAGUUAGAGGUUGCUAUGAGCUAUGACACCAGGGCAGUCUACUGCGGGCAACAAAGUGAGCCUCAAGAAAAAAAAAGACUGAAUUUUUUAAGGGCCAAGGGACUGAAUCAUUGACAAUUCCAGAAAUUCCUUAAAAGUAUUGAUGCUGGCUCAGCACUUGUGGCUCAAGCGGCUAAGGUGCCAACCACAUACACCUGAGCUGGCAGGUUCGAAUACAGCCUGGGCCCGCCAAACAACAAUGAUGGCUGCAAGCAAAAAAUAGCCAAGCGUUGUGGUGGGUGCCUGUAGUCCCAGCUACUUGGGAGGUGGAGGCAGGAGAAUCACAUGAGCCCAGAAGUUGGAGGUUGCUGUGAGACGUGAUGUCAUGGCACUCCACCCAGGGCGACAGCGUUAGGUUCUGUCUCAAAAAAAAAAAAGAAAGUAUUGAUGCUGAUUGAUGCUGACUAUGGCAACAUUUACUCUUCAGAAGUAAGAUGGCUCUUUCGUCUCGGCCGCCGACAUGCCAUCCAGACUGAGGAAGACUGGGAAGCUUUGGGGCCACGUGAGCCACUGCCACGGCCAUAUUGGCACGCACAGGAAGCACCCAGCAGGCCGAGGUAAUGCUGGUGGCAUGCAUCAUCACAGGAUCAACUUAGAUAAAUAUCACCCAGGUUACUUUGGGAAAGUUGAUAUGAGGCAUUACCACUUAAAGAGGAACCAGAGCUACUGUAACCUUGAUAAAUUGUGGACAUUGGUCAGCGAGCGGACACAGGUAAAUGCUGCCAAAAACAAGACAGGAGUUGCUCCCAUCAUUGAUGUAGUACAAUCAGGGUACUACAAAGUUCUGGGGAAGGGAAAACUCCCAAAGCAGCCAGUCACUGUGAAGGCCAAAUUCUUCAGCAGAAGAGCUGAAGAGAAGAUUAAGGGUGCUGGAGGACCUUGUGUCCUGGUGACUUGAAGCCAAACGGAGGGGAGGUUCACUAAAUGCUAUUUCCUUGUUAAAAAAAAAGGGGG